CAACUGGUGAAGCUCAACGACAAGCGAAGUUAACUGGUAAAACCGGAGAAAUAGAGGUCGCAGUGCCGAGUUUAGAUGCUAGUGGUUUUCCUUGUGAUCGCACUGCUUAUUACAAUACUCAAACUGAGAGUUCUGAUGGUCGUUUUAUCUAUGAUAAGUUUCCUGAGAAAGAAUAUAAACUUGUUAAGGUAAAUUUUGCUACCGGUGAUCAAUUUACAAAAAUUGCUUUUCUUCGUUCGAAAGAUGGAACAGGUACGGUUACUCCUGAACAGCCGGUUACUAUCAAAGUCUUAGAAGGAGAAGAUGGCAAGCAAACCCAGAUUAUUGAAACCGUUCCUAAGAAAGAUUUGAUUUGUCCUAGUGACUUCCGAGUUAGAAUAUAUGACCCCAAGACUGGUGAGCAAAUUGUUGAAGUAGUUAAUCAUCAAAUUCAUCAUACCGAUGAUGGAAAUACUAUUUCGGGCAAGAAAAUAGAAAGUGGUGAAGGAGAUCAACAAAAGAGUAGUCAAGAAAGUCAACAAACUGGUGAAAAUAAAAUAAGCGAAGAAAGUAGUAAAGAGGAAAGUGUCCGAAGGGAAAAUGUUGAAAACGCAAGCAUAGUUGGGAAGAUUAAAAAAAAUAUAAAUGAUUCAGCCAACGUAAAUAUUAGUGAGUUGGGAACUCUGAUUUAUCCCGUGGAAAUAUUUACUGAUAGUGAAAGGAAAGAACUUUCUGAGGUGUUAAAUGAUUCAUUGUUGGUUAAUUUUAUAUCCUCUGGAAAGAUUGAAAAAUUAGGUUCAGAUAAGAGUAAUUAUCAUAGUGUUUCGUUGUCGGAUGAUUCGACAUCCAUUAAUGAUACUCAAUCAACUAAUAAGGGAGAAAAUAAUUUGAUAGUUUUUGGGGUAAUUUUCGUUUUGAUGGUUGCUGGUUUAGCAUUCGUAAAAACAGAACAAGAACAUCUCUAUUUUUAUGGUCAAGAGCCAUGCUGUGAGGGUGAAAAUUGUGAGCAUAAGUGUAGGAGAAUGAAUACUUUGGCUUAUAUUCAGUCUAGUCUAAGUCAUAAUAUAAAAGUAUCAAGAACAGUCAGCAAUGCCAACGGCGAAACACAAGCACAAACUUUAGUUUAUAAUACCCACACUCGCCUUUGUCAUUUUGAGCAAACAAAAGAAAAACCAACCAUAAUCCAAUUAGAUGAAAACCAAUAUAAGCACUUAUUAAUUGCUCUGGGUAAUAUCAUCCGUGAAUUGAAUUCUAUUGCUUUUAAAGUAAAGGAGUUAGAGAAUGGAAUGAAAUUAAUCGAGGGCGAAUUAAGUGAUUUUAUAGAGAUCGAUAAUGAUGUGUCUCGUCACAGGAACAGUGGUUAUUAUUUUGGUAACAUCUGUGAAGUAAGAAUUAAUUGCCGUUAUGUAUGUGGUCAUUCACAUAAAGAAUAUGAUGAUAUGAGAGAUAAGUAUAAUGCAUUAGAAAGAGAGCGUAAUGAUUUGCGUACUGAUCGGGACAAUUGGAGAAAAAAACAUGAUGAAUUAAAGGAUAAAUUGAAUGAUGAAAAAUUAAAAAAUGCUAAUGAAAUGGCUAGUGAAAAAUUAAGUCGACAAAGCACAGAGUCAACAUUAAGAAACGAAAAAAAGUUAGUUGAGGAAAAAUUGGAAACUUUUAAAACUGAGAAAGUAGGUCUUCUGAAACAAAUCGAAGACGGAAAGCAAGAACUAGGUUUGGUUCGUGUUGAGAAAGAUAAACAGUUAGCAUUAAUAGAAAACAAAUUAACUCAAAAGGAUGAUAAGUUAAAAGAAUUGGAAAAGGCAAUGGAUGCUUUGCGAGUGGGUAGUGAAAAGGUGAUUAGUCAAAAGGAGAAUUCUUUAAAGGAGACGAGCGGUGAAUUGAAAAGGAAGGAACAAAAGAUUAAAGAGUUACAAAACGAAAGAUUUAGAACACAAGAAGAAUUGUUAAUUGAAAAAUUAAAUUCAGAGAAGAGUGAUUUAGAAGUUGUUGCUAGUGAAUUAGGAAUUAAUUUGGAAGACGUUCAUAAUUUAAUUAUGAAUUAUAAAAGAUUAUUAUUUGCUCGCAAAGAGCGUAAACGGGAUAUUGUUGAAGACAGCGAGGGAAAAAUUGCCAAAACUAAGCAAACUUUAUUGGGUUCAGAAGUUAGUAUAGAAAAUAUUCGAAAAAUUAGUCGGGAAUGUGAAAGGCUUGCUAAUUUGAGGGUUAGCGAAACCGCAACCCCUGAGGAAAUAAAAAAUGCUUAUCGUAAGUUAGCCUUAAAAUGGCAUCCGGAUAAGUGGAUAAAUAAAGGUUCAGAAGAAAAAGAGGAAGCCGGUAAAAAGAUGCAGGAGAUAAAUAAGGUCUAUGAAGUUUUAGGGAAUGAAGAAUUAAGAAAAAGGUAUGAUUUAGGAGAAACUGAAUUUACUUCUGAUUAUGGUGGUUAUGACUACGAAGCAGAAAUUAAAGCGGAGCUUUGGAUCGUUCCUCUGCUCUUAAUGAAAUUGGAGCAUUGGGGAGAAAAAGUAGUAAAAAUGGAAAUUACUAUUCCCAAAGGUAAGGAUAGAAGUGAAGAAUUAAAAAAUUUCAAAGAGGAAAUGGUUAAGGCUAUCAAAGAGGCUGAAGUUAUGCUUAGGAUUAGGGAAGAGAACGAGAAAAAAAAUGAAAAUAAUUCCGAGUUAGAGCAAGCCAGAACUGUUGCUUUCCAGGAAAUAGAAAAGUCGAUGAAUGAAAGAGGUUUAAAAGUCAAGGAUUUAGGGCAGUAUUCUAAUUAUCAGGAAAGAAUUAGCAGUUUGGGUGAAGUGUGGGAAAUUCAGCAACCUAGUUAUCGGUUCCCUAAUAACCCCAAUUUUCUCAGUGAACAUCCUAGACCAAGAGAGAAUCCUAAUUGUCCACCUUGGUCAAAUCCCAAUCCGAGAUUUCCGGAUAGGCCUGACUUUCUGAGAACAGAUCCAGGAAGAGUCCCUGAUAGGCGGGAUGAGCCAGGAGAGUUAGUUGAUGAAAUUAAACGAGAACAAUUAAAUAAUGCUUCUUUGCUCAAAAGGGUUUCUGGUUUAGAAAACAAAAUUAAGGAACUAACACUAAAAAAUGUACCUCCAAUUACCUCUGAAUUAAUUCAGAAAGUCCAACAAAAUCCCCAAGAUUGA